AGAUAUUUAUUGCCUUUACAUGAUACUUGUGUUCGCUAAAAUCAUUAUCUCAUUAUUUAUUUUGUUUCCAAUAUAUUUCAGGAUGGAAGAAAAAUAUUUUUUUCUGAGGGUCUCCCACAAGGGGCAAUUCCUAAAAACCAAGUAUCAUGGUGGUAGUUGUCUUAAAGUUCCAACUGCUAUGGACCCUGAGAAAUUCUCAUACUCUGUUCUAAUGGAGUAUGUGAAGGAUGAUGUGGGAUACACUGAAAUAGGUGGAGUUUAUGUAAAGAAAGCUGGAGGGGGCUGGAAAUUACUGGAUAGUGACAAGUUAGUUUGUGAGCUUGUUAACGCCUUACCACAAGGAUCUGUGCUAGACCUUUAUAUCGAUACGGUUGUUGACAAAGCGAUAGAACCCGCUGAGCAGUUGCAACCACAUGUAAUUGUCAGACCAAGGACUACUUUUUUCGAAGCUGCUGAUUUCCAAGUGAAGCGCAAGUAUGUGACUCUACAAAACCUUCAGCAAGAGCAAGAGCAAAAACAAAAGAAAAAAUCAAAAAAUAUUGAUAACCAGUUGCAAGUAGAGCAUUCUGCUACUAAUGAUCCGAAACAAUCCAAGGAGCGUGACCGGAUUGCAAGUCAAGGGGUUGAUGCUAAAGCCUAUGAAGAUCAGAGAAGGAAGAGAAUUGAAGAAAAUGAGCGGCGUGUUAAAGAGCUCGGUUUGAGGGAGUAUGUUCCGGGAGACGAUAGCCUAAGUGAAGGUGAAGAGGAGGAAGUUGUCUUGAAGCCCAAGAAAACUGUAAAGCCAGUUGUGCAAAGGAGACCAAUGACUCGGUCUAAAACAGCAAGUGAAGGUGUGCGAGUAGAGGAACCUGAUCAUGCAGAUACUUUAUCUUCUCCAGCACCACCAAUUGAAAAAUGGAGCAAGGUUGCUAAUGGAGAACUUGUACCGCCUCCCCCGCCAUUGCCAACUAAUCUCCAGCAUUUAAAGCAUAUAAAAAAGAUGAAUGUGAACGAAGGAGUUGGUUGCAUGGCGGCGUACACUAAACUGCAAGAAUCCAUAAAGAGAAGGGAAGAAGAAGAAAAAGAAAGGGAAAUUGAGUUGAUGAAUAAUGCUAAGGCUGGUGAGAACCAAGAGGGCACCAAUGUGGUUCAAGAAGAUGAGCCUAAAAUCAAAAGGAGGAGAGGACCUACGAAAAUGAGUUCGGUUUUCACCCGGAGACUGGAUGAAAGACCAGAGCUUUACCUCAAUCAUGAGCUGCAGCCGGUGUCCGAUGAUAGCAAAAUAAGAGCUGAAUUUAGCAGUUUUCUGGGGAAAUUGUCACGGGAGUGUGUGCCACUUGAUUAUGUUAACUGGAAACAAAUUCCUGCUGAGGAAAAAAAUAGCUGGUGGGAGUUUAUCAAGCAAAAGUACAUCAUUCCCGAGGAAGGUAAAGAUUGGAUUAUGAAGACUAUUGAUGAGUCUUGGAGGGUGUACAAAAGUCGAUUCAAGGCACACUAUUAUACCAAAUAUGAUACUGAUGAGGAUCGGCUAAAAAAUAGGCCUCAACAUAUUUCACUAGAACAAUUCAAGUCAUUGAUAGCAUAUUGGGGUGAUGAGUUUGUGAAGGAGAAGGCAAGAAAAAAUGUAGUAAAUCGGCAAAAAGUUAAAGAUAAACACAAGGCUGGCCGUAAAAGUUUUGCUCAGAUUGGCAACGAAAUUAAAAAGAAGAAGAACCUGCCUAAAUCACCAUCAAAGGGGAAAAUUUACCCUAAAACUCGCAAGUUUCCGAAGAAAAAAGCUGGUGACAAUUUAGAGGAAGAAGUCAGUGAUCAUGAUUCGGUGGAACUAGACUUUGAUAAUCAUGCGCCUAAUUGGCUUCUUGGCAGAAGUGGAAGGACAAGGAAAACAAUGCUAGAUAAGAUGCAGAAAAGAGAAAAGAACAGAUCUGAAGAACUGAUAAAGCUAAGAGAAGAACUUUCUUGUGAAAUGGAGGAGAAGAUGAACAGAAAGCUGAAAAAUAUUUUGGAGAAGAUUGUUCAAAUGACUUCUUUACAAAUUGACAUUGACGAACUAUUGGCUGAUGACAACACUGAUCAUGGGGCUGAAGCGGAGUUGGAUGGAAAUGAAGCCGAGGGAGCUACAUGAUAGCUUCAGAUCUUAUGCAGUACUUUUGUUUCAGAUUUCUGGAUGAAUUUGUGAACUAAUUAAGUAGACUUUCUCUGUACUUAUUAAGUGAUUGUUAUUUUGCUUUGCACCAAAACUUUAGAACUUUAGUGGUUGUCAGUAUGUUGAUGGGAUAGUCCAUUUUGAGUUGGUGGUUAUGUGCCAAUGGUUGAUGGCUAGCUUGGUUGGUUUUUGUUUUGUAUACCAAGUUAUUUGGUGGAUUGUAAUGGAAACAAACAUGUCAUGCCAAUUUGUUUACUGAAAUCCAUUGCUAUA